UGUGGGCUCCCCAAACCUUCCACUCCCUCCGCUCUUCCUCUCGUCGAUUCUUUCUUCUUCUUGUUCGAAUCCCUUGCGCAGAUUGAAAGCGAGGCUGUUGAGGGGACCCGACGAUGGCAGCGGCUGCGAGGCUGGAUCUCGACGGCAACCCGAUCAAGCCGAUGACGAUCUGCUUGAUCGGGGCCGGGGGGUUCAUCGGAUCCCACCUCUGCGAGAAGCUGAUGGCCGAGACGCCGCACACGGUGCUGGCCGUGGACGUCUACAACGACAAGAUUAAGCACCUCCUCGACCCCCCGCCGCCGCCGCCGCCCGCGGACGGCGGGCAGCAGGCCCGCAACCCCUGGGACGGCCGCAUCGAGUUCCACCGCCUCAACAUCAAGCACGACUCCAGGCUCGAGGGUCUCAUCAAGAUGUCCGAUGUGACGAUCAAUCUGGCGGCAAUCUGCACCCCGGCGGAUUACAACACCCGUCCAUUAGACACCAUCUACAGCAAUUUCAUUGACGCUCUCCCAGUUGUCAGGUAUUGUUCGGAGAACAACAAGCGCCUCAUUCAUUUCUCCACCUGUGAAGUGUAUGGGAAAACACUAGGGAGCUACCUGCCAAAGGAUCAUCCUCUGAGAAAGGAAUCAGAAUUCUAUGUGCUAAAAGAAGAUGCUUCACCAUGCAUUUUUGGUUCGGUCGAGAAGCAGAGAUGGUCUUAUGCGUGUGCCAAGCAACUUAUCGAGAGACUGAUUUAUGCUGAGGGUGCGGAAAAUGGCCUUGAGUUCACCAUCGUGAGACCUUUCAAUUGGAUUGGACCAAGGAUGGACUUCAUUCCUGGAAUUGAUGGUCCUAGCGAGGGUGUUCCUAGGGUUUUGGCAUGCUUCAGCAAUAAUCUCCUGCGCCGUGAGCCUCUAAAACUUGUCGACGGUGGCCAAUCCCAAAGGACAUUUGUCUACAUCAAGGAUGCCAUAGAAGCAGUUCUCCUGAUGAUUGAAAAUCCUGCUCGAGCUAAUGGCCACAUAUUUAAUGUGGGAAAUCCUAACAAUGAAGUCACCAUAAAGCAACUUGCUGAAAUCAUGGUACAGGUAUAUUCAAAAGUAUCAGGGGAGCCUCCUUUGGAGGCGGCUACGAUCGAUGUGAGUUCUAAGCAGUUCUACGGUGAAGGAUACGACGACAGCGAUAAACGAAUUCCCGACAUGACCAUAAUCAAUAAACAACUUGGCUGGAAUCCCAAGACAUCCCUGUGGGACUUGCUCGACUCGACGCUGGCCUAUCAGCACAGAACAUAUGCGGAAGCUGUCAGAAUGGCAAUGGUGAAACCCGUAGCGUCCAGCUAGAUUCAUGCAAUGCAUUGCGGGGAAUCAUCAUCUCUGAUUCAAUUCUUUUUAAAGCUCUCAUAUAUAUAUACACGUUAUACUUACUAGCACGUCGCCUAACUGUUUGACCCGUAAUUUUCUCCCCGAUGUGGAGAAAUUAUUUAGGAAGCUGCAACAAUUGCUGUAAUAUUCAGGUCUCAUCAGACGUUAAUUCCUCUAUUUGCAAGUAGUA